UUAUCCCUUCUAUCAUAUCACCCCCAAAAUAUUAAUGGAAAAUUGACAUCUUUACAAAGUUUUUAGGGUGCAAAAGGUCAUAAAAUCAAAUUUCAAAUAGAUAGCACCUCAUUUUUGCAGACUAUUCUUCUUUAUGUUUUCCCCUUUCGCCGUGAGAAAAAAAAAAAAGAUAAAACAUGAAACAAAGCAGAAAUUAAAGUAUACCCCAUUGGUUAUCAGGUUGCUAUUUUGUUAUGCAAUUAGUUCUUAGCUAUAGGAUUGCUGCAACAUCAGGGCAGGUGUCAAAUUGUUCGUCCAACGUUGGUUCAUCAAAAUUUGUUGACAUUUUAUAUUGCCCUCGUAGUAAUGGCUGCAAAGAAAAUCAUUGCAAUAUGCCAAUCUGGUGGGGAAUUUGUGACCAAUAAUGUAGACGGAUCUUUGAGUUACACCGGAGGGAAUGCAUAUGCUGUAGAUAUCGAUGAGAAAACGAAUGUGGAUGCCUUUAAGCAAGAACUAGGGGACACAUUUAAGUUUAACGUAGUUGGAAUGACCAUAAAGUAUUUUCUUCCGGGAAAUAAAAAGACUCUCAUCACAGUAUCCAAAGAUAAGGACCUACGACGCAUGGUUAACUUCUUCAAGGAUUCCGAGCAAGUAGAAGUCUUUGUAAUCGCCGAAGGAGCUGCUGUUGCACUCAAUGUUUCCAAUAUGCCUGCCAGUAGGUCCAGCAGGACAACUAUGCCAGAGCCAGCGGUUUCUCCUGCUACCCCUUUGGAUUUCACAAACCCUGACGGUCAGCUUAUGGUUGAUACACCCAUGGAUACGACAACACCAUUAGGUAUUUGUAGCAAUGACAACAAGCACCGUAGGGCAGCUACACAGUGGGAAAACUCCAUUACUGGCGUGGACCAAAGAUUCAGUAGUUUUACUGAAUUUCGUGAAGUCUUACACAAGUACUCAAUUGCGCAUGGAUUUACAUAUAAUUAUAAGAAGAAUGAUAGUCACAGAGUAACGGUUAAAUGCAAGUCUGAGGGUUGUCCUUGGCGUAUAUAUGCAUCAAGGUUGGUUACCACCCAGCUGAUAUUUAUUAAGAAAAUGAAUAAAAACCAUACAUGUGAAGGAGCUGUCGUGAAAGCCGGAUAUCGAGCAACAAGGGGAUGGGUGGGAAAUAUAAUUAAGGAGAAGUUGAAGUUUUCUCCUGAUUACAAACCAAAGGAUAUUGCCACUGACAUUAAACGUGAAUAUGGCAUUCAGUUGAACUAUUCUCAGGCAUGGCGUGCAAAAGAGAUUGCAAGAGAGCAACUUCAGGGUUCUUAUAGAGAAGCAUACAGUCAGUUACCGUCAUUCUGUGAGAGAAUCAUGGAAACUAAUCCAGGUAGUCUUGCUACAUUUGUCACAAAGGAGGACUCGAGUUUCCACCGGCUAUUUGUCUCCUUUCAUGCAUCAAUAUAUGGCUUUCAACAGGGCUGCCGCCCUCUUCUUUUCCUUGAUAGCACUGUUCUCUAUGCAAAAUAUCAAGGAAUUGUAUUGUCUGCGGUGGGUGCAGAUGGGAAUGAUGGUGUCUUACCAGUAGCCUUUGCAGUUGUAGACGAGGAGACAGAUGACAACUGGAAUUGGUUUCUCUCUGAACUUAAAUCUGCUAUCUCAACCUCGCGACCAAUAACAUUUGUUUCUGCUUUCCAGAAUGGUAUAAGAGAGUCGUUGUGUGAUAUAUUCGGCAAAGAUAGCUAUCAUGGUUAUUGUCUGCGGCACCUUGGUGAGAAAUUAAAUAAGGAUUUGCAUGGGAAGUUUUCACAUGAAGCAAGGUGUCUUUUGAUCCAAGAUUUAUAUGCUGCUGCUUAUGCGCCAAAACUGGAGGAUUUUGAGCGCUGUGUUGAGAACAUAAAGGCCAUCUCACCUGAUGCUUACAGUUGGGUCGUACAAAGUGAGCCUGAUCAUUGGGCAAAUGCCUUUUUUGGUGGGGCAAGGUAUGACCACAUGACUUCUAACUUCGGACAACUUUUUCGUGAUUGGGUAUCCGAUGUGAGUGAACUUCCAGUUACGCAGAUGGUUGAUGCCUUGCAAAGGAAGAUGAUGGAACUGAACUACACAAGGUGUGUUGAUUCUAGUUUGUGGCUUACAAGAUUGACACCUUAUAUGGAAGAAAAGCUUCAAAAUGAGACGUCAAAGUCAAUGUCACUUCAAGCAUGCAACUCACAUGAGAGCACAUUUGAAGUCCGUGGAGAAGCUGUUGAUUUAGUUGAUAUUGAUAAUUGGUUCUGCAGCUGCAAAGCAUGGCAGCUCAGCGGGUUGCCUUGCUGCCAUGCUAUUGCUAUAUUCGAAUGUCUGGGAAGGAGCCCAUAUGAUUAUUGCUCCAGAUACUUCACAAGUGAGAGCUACCGUUUGACAUACUCCGAAUCAAUCAACCCUAUACCUCUUCUGGAAAAGCCUGCGAAAGCUGAAGUAGACAUGGAAAUCAUGGUCAGUCCUCCUCCAACUAAACGUCCAGCUGGGCGACCAAAGAUGAAACAACCAGACUCAGUUGAUAUAAUUAGACGUCAGCUUCAGUGUAGCAAGUGCAAGGGCCUGGGGCACAAUAAGAAGACAUGCAAAAAAAUUAAUGGCGAAUGAUGAUGAACAUAGUGCACAUGAAGAUGAGGAUAGUGUAGAAGUGAAUGAAUCUGAAGAACAUGUGCAGAAGAAAAUGAGGCAAUUAAAAUCAUCCGUUUGGACAUAUAUGUGAAAGAUUAGUAGAGGUAAGGAUGGAGUGGAAAGGGCAGUAUGCAAAGGUUGUAAGGAGUCAUAUAAGGUUGGUUCUACUCCCGGACCUAAUGGUAAGAUCUAUGGAAUAUCAUAUUUAAAACGACACAUACUUAAAUGCAAAAUGAUCAAAUAUCAUGAUUUGGGUUAGAUGUAUAUGGAUCAGCAUGAUUUCUCAUGAAAAAAUAGGUCAAUCGAUUUCUCGUGAAAAGCUUGCUGAAGCUAUUAUUGAGCAUGAUUUGCCUUAUUCUUUUGUUGAAUAUAAAAAAAUUAGAGCCUGGGCAGAUUAUGUAAAUUCAAAAAUAAUAAUGCCGUCAAGAAACACUGUUGUUGUGGAUGUCCAAAAAGUGUAUUUCAAGGGGAAAGAAAAGUUAAAGACAAGCGUUGGCCAAGAUUCCUAAUCGAGUUUGCUUAACUUCUGAUAGCUGGACAACAGGUAGGUCUGAGGGUUAUCUUUAUUUAACAGCUCAAUAUGUUGAUGAUAAUUGAAAGUUAGUUACUAAAAUUUUAAACUUUUGUCAUAUGAUUUUUCCUCAUACUGGAGUUGAAUUGAGUUGAAUUGGCUGCAACGAUAUAUAUGAUUGUUUGAUGGAGUGGGGCAUUGAUAGGAAGGUGUUCUCUAUCACUUUGGAUAAUGUCACUAAUAAUGACAGCCUGCAAACUAUUUUUAAAGUCCAUCUUGAUUUGCUUAAGAGUUUAUUAUGUGAUGGUGAGUUUUUUCAUGUGCGUUGUUCUGCUCAUAUUUUUAAUUUAAUUGUCCAAGAAGGUUUAAAAACAGCUACUGAUGUCUCGUUUAGAAUCAGAAAAAGUGUGAAGUAUGUAAAAGAAUCUGAUAGUAGAAUGAAAAAAUUUGAACAAUAUGUUAAGCAAGUGGGAAUUAGUACAAAUUUGGGUUUACGUUUGGAUGUGAUAACCACAUGGAACUCAAUGUACUUGAUGCUUGAGAGUGCACUACAAUAUGAAAAAACUUUUUCUAAUCUACAGUUGAUUGACAGGAACUACUCUCUUUGUCCUAUAUUUGAUCAUUGGAGAAGGGCAGAAAAAAUAUAUGAAUUCUUGGAACCUUUUUAUGAAAUAACUAACUUGAUUUCUGGUUCAAGUUAUCCAACUUUCAACUUGUAUUUUAUGCAAGUUUGAAAAAUUGAAUGCUUUCUGAAUGAGAAUUCAAGUAGUUUGGAUGAAGUUAUUUGGGAAAUGACUACAAGAAUGUUCAAAAAGUUUUAGAAAUACUGAAAUAGAUUUAGUCUAGUACUCUCAUUUUGAGCUAUUCUUGAUCCUCGCCUCAAGACACAACUUUUAGAAUUUUGUUUCUUAAAGAUGGAUGCGUCUUCGGCAAAAGAAAAAGUUGCAAAGAUUGAAAAAAAAUUGCACAAGCUCUAUGAAUAAUAUGAAAAUAAUCAAAUUCGGACUACUCCUGUUCAAAAACUAACUGAAGAAGAAAGUCAAUUCCAACAAAAGAAGUCCACUUUAUUUGUUGUAAGUAUUAAUUUUUUUUUCUUUUAUCUAAUCUUUUUUUACUUUUUUUUUUUUUCAGAUUUAUGGAUUUAUGGUAUGUUGUGUUUGGCAUUGUUUUGCCGUAAGGUUAAGGACAAGAAGAUUAGAUAAAAGAAAAUAAAAUUAAUACUUACAGCAAACAAAGUGGACUUCUUUAUUUGAAUUGACUUCCUUCUCCAGUUGGUUUGCUUUGAACAUGAAUAGUUGUCCGAAUUUGAUUAUUUUCAUAUUGUUCAUAAAGCUUAUACAAUUUUUUCUCAAUAUCUGCAACUUUUUCUUUUGCCGAAGACGCAUCCACCUUUGAGAAACAAAAUUCUAAAAGUUGCAUCUUGAAGCGACGAUCAAGAAUAGCUCCAAAUGAGAGUACUAGACUAAAUCUAUUCCAGUAUUUUUGAACAUUCUUGUAGUCAUUUCCCUAAUAACUUCAUCCAAACUACUUGAAUUCUCCUUCAGUAAACAUUCAAUUUUUUAAACUUGCAUAAAAUACAAGUUGAAAGUUGGAUAACUUGAACCAAAAAUCAAGUUAGUUAUUUUAUAAAAAGGUUUCAAGAAUUCAAAUAUUUUUUCUGCCCUUCUCUGAUGAUCAAAUGUUGGACAAAGAGAGUAGUUCCUGUCAAUCAACUGUAAACUAGAAAAAGUUUUUUCAUAUUGUAGUGCACUCUCAAGCAUCAAUUACAUUGAGUUCCAUCUGGUUAUUACAUCCAAACAUAAAUUCAAAUUUGUAUUAAUUUCCACUUGCUUAACACAUUGUUUAAAUUUUCACAUUCUACUAUCAGAUCCUUUUACAUCACACUUUCUCCGAUUCUAAACAAGGCAUCAGUAGCUAUUUUUAAAUCUUCUUAGAUAAUCAAAUUAAAAAUAUGAGCAGAACAACGCACAUGAAAAAACUCAUCAUCACAUAAUAAAUUCUUUUGCAAAUGAAGAUGGCCUUUUAAAAUAGUUUGCAGGCUAUCAUUAUUAGUGACAUUAUCCAAAGUGAUCGAGAACACCUUCCUAUCAAUGCUCAUAUAUCGUUGCAGCCAAUUCAACUCUAGUAUGAGGAGAAAUCAUACGACAAAAGUUUAAAAUUUUAGUAAAUAUUGAGCAGUUAAACAAAGAUAAUCCUCAAAUGUACGUGUUGUCCAGCAAUCAGAAGUUAAGCAAACUCGAUUAGGAAUCUUAGCCAAGGCUUGUCUUAAUUUUUCUUUCUCCUUGAAAUACACUUUUUGGACAUCCACAACAGCAAUGUUCCUUGACGGCAUUAUUAUUUCUGGAUUUACAUAAUCUGCCCAGGCUCUAAUUUUUUUUAUAUUCAGCAAAAGAAUAAGGAAAAUAAUGCUCAAUAAUAGCUUCAGCAAACUUUUCACGAGAAAUUGAUUGAUCUAUUUUUCUCGAUUAUAUGUUACCUUGUUGGGACUCCGUUGCCUCUGCCGUCUCUUCAAUCUUUCAUAUUAUUAAUCAUUUGUCUUCAUAUAAUAGUUAUAUUGGUUG